AUGUUUGAUGAUGAGCUAGUAGAUAGGAUAGGAUAUGAAGCAGUGGAAAAAUCUCCGGAAAAACAUCCAAUAAUGCUUCAUAAUUUGAGCAAAAGGCUAGUGAAGGCUAUGGUAAAUCACGAUAUGGACCUAUUAAAUGAAGAUCCUGAUAACCAUAGUAAAAACCGAGAAGAGAAUUUUAGAAUCUCCAAGAACUACAAGCGCCUGAAUCCAGACUUUUAUACCAUAGGUGAAGUGGUAAAGGGGAGAGUAUACAUGGUUUUUCCAACUUAUGCACUUGUUGAUAUCGGAUCUGUUUGUUACGGCGUUUUGCACGCUAGAGAUAUGAGUAAUUCCUGGAUUAAUAGAGCGGAUAUGGACCUUACUCCUGGUGAUAUAAUUUCAGUUUAUAUAAAAGCUGUCAAUUCGCAAAGACCUACUAUUCGUUUAUCAUUACGUCCAUUAUCAGAUAUUUCAUUGCCUGGCAGAAGACCUUUGCAUUCAUUCAAGAUUGAAGAACAAGUUACAGGUCGCGUAACUAGAAGGUCGCCCCUUGGGUUUUACGUUGAUAUUGGAGCUACAGUUGAUGCCUUUUUACACAAUAGUGAUAGAAAACUUUCCAAAAAGUUUACUGGGGAGGAAAGGCUUCACCUUAAGAUUGGCACAAGGGUACCGAUAUUGUAUAUUAAAGGGAUCGAUUUUAUAAAAAACAGAAUCCAAGUCUCUGAAAACUCCCUGCAAGAAGAAUUAAAUAAACGCCUUGUCACGGGGGAUGAAACACUUGGGCACCAAGCUGCUUAUUUAAAGUGUGCUAAACGUGAUUUUAUGAAUGAACUUAGAGUAGAUGAACUGGAAAAGAUGAAACAGAUUGGUGGAUAUGAUUCCUUGUUAUCAGAAAUAGGUGGACAUCGUAAUCAUACUACAGAAUAUAUAUUGUAUUUAGAGAACCUUAGAAAAAAAAAAGAACUGGAAAAACAACAGGAGCAACUAUUUCAGGACACAUCUACCAAGGAAAAAUUACGGCGUGAUAAAGAGAGAUUUAAUAAACUAGGUUAUGAAAUAGCUGAUUUGAAUGAAGUUUCUAUUGAGCCAAAGCCAUUCGAAAGAAGUAUCUAUAAGUAUGCUGACUCAUGUGUAUGGAGCAGUAAGGUUUACACUCCUUUCAAUAUAACUGAUACAGAUUCAUAUUUUAAUGCUGUAACAGAUGAAUUAACAUCAGCUUUGCGGGAUGUACAAGGAGAAAAUUUUAAUUUUGCUUCAGAGUUGGGUAUUCCAGAUAAUGAUCUAUCUAAAGAUCGCCAUGAACUUAUAGAAUAUCUUUGGACGGCAUUUAGGGCUCCACCAAGUGAAUUGAGUACCAUUCCGAAUGAGUCUAACGAUGAAAUUCUCAUUGAUGAUAUUUUGGAGGUACCAAUUGAUGAUAGUACCCGUAUAAAGGAGCGUAAUGAACGUCUUUCCAAGAUUAUUUCAGAGUUAGAAAGUACAGGAGAUCCAGAAUAUAAAGAAUUUGCGGAGAUUUUGAGAGAAACUAAGAUUCCAAAUCCUUUCGCCCAUUCAAGGAAACUUUUUGAUGAUGAAAAAUCAGCUAUUAAGGGUGCUUCCGCACUUUUUGGUGAAGACGUAUCUGAUUGGACAGAGAGAGCUAGGCGUUUGGUUCUUUCCGAUCCUUCAAAAUUGGAGGAAAUAAUGUCAAAUAAUCUGGGUGGUAGCCUUGCAUAUUCUGAUUCCGUGUCUGAUGUACCUUUGGACGUUCUAGAAACUGAAGGGGAUGACAAUCAAGGUUUUGUGAAACCAAUCAUCACUCAAGGUGAUUUGCUUGGAAGUAAGAAUGAUUCCCGAAGUGUUGGCUAUGAUAACACAUCCUUUGAUAGUGAUCAUGGAUUUACCAAAGACAAUAGAGACACUAAAAAUUCGUCAUAUUCUGCGUACGAUGGUUCUAUUGAUACGAAUUACACGGAUGAUUUCAAUGUAUUAGAGAAAAAGAAAUCCAAAUUUGAGCGAAUUAAUUUUCAUAAACUUUGUAAUGUUUUAGAAAAAGACUUACAAGGUUAUGAAGAUAAAUUGUCUAAAGUGGAUCUUUUAAUCAAAAAGGAGUUUCCCACUACAGUAAAGAACAGUUAUGAAGAAAAAGUCCCUUCUGAAUAUGAAUGUUAUGGGAUAGCUUCUAUACUACAGGGCAUUAAAGAAACUACAGAAAAAUCACAACAGGGUGAGGCUGUUUCUGAUGAUUCUAAGUUCUCAUAUAUGCCAAACUAUUUGAAAAUGCGAGAUUCGUUGAAAGAAGCAAAUAUGUCGUCUGAUGUAUGUUCAAUAGCAUCAGAACAAAUUAUUGAUGCAUCAAAUACAUCUGAGGACUGCACUAAAACUGAGGGUUCUUUGGAGACUUUUGAUUUUGGUUUUGAUGAUUUAGAUGAGGAUUCCAGCGAAGAUUCCGCUAGAAUGUUGAAAUAUUUGCUUAAAUCUAAAAAAGGUAUUAAACAACUUGCACGUUUUGCUAGAAGGUUUCUUUCACCAAAUGAGCUCAAGUAUUUAGAUGGAUCAGGAAAUAAUCCAAGAGACGAAGAAGAGCUUGCAGCCAUACUUAGAAGCAAGGGGAAGAAGCAAGAGAAAACGAAUUACACGUAUUACCCCGAGGGAAUAACUAAUUAUGUACCUCCAAAAGACAAUCGCACAGAAGAUAAAAAGAUUAUUGAUUCUAAAAGGAGACUGGAAAAUUUGAAAAAGAAUCGCAGGUUUUUAAUGAUGCUUAGGAGAUUGGAUAUUGAUCCAAAUAAUCUAUCGUUUGAUAACAUAUUGGACAAAUUACCUCGACAGUUUGUAUUCGAGAGGUUACCACCAUUUAAAAAACUAAAAAAUAGUUAA